UACUAGUACUCAGAGCAGAGCUUAUCAGAUGUCCUUGCGCUACUAUAUCAACCGAACUUUUCUAGUUUAUCCCUCAGUUGUGAUUUUGAACCUGUUCCGAUAAAAGUGAUUCUGAGAGUGAAACAAGACCAAGCGAAGCAGACAUGGACGGAGCGUUGUCAGUAGCUAGUUGCACAUUUGUGUUGUUACUGGGUUGUCUGCUCUGUACUGACGUUAAACCAGUCUCAGCCUCCGCUGGUUGCGUGGCGACCUACUUCCGAGCCGCCGGAGUGUCGGCAAUCAAGUCAGAGUCCUAUGAAAGAUCGUUUGCUAGAAAGGACAUUGACACCUCCUCUCUUCAAGCGCUACCAGCAUCUGUGCUCGGAUUUUUCGGUGUUCGCAAUUCAGGCGAUGUUCUCAAACUAUCAAGCUGCUUCUCCGGUAAGACUUCUGCUUGUAGUACUUUCAAAUUCUGUACGGGCAGUGGGAAAUGCUCACCACAUAAUCCGACUGGCAAAGCCCCUUCAUACCGAUGUUCGUGCAAAGCUGGUUUCAAAGGCGACGAAUGUCAAACUGAUGCUUGCUUCACUACUGAAAGUAAUCUGACAUGCCAGAAUGGAGGCAAGUGUGUUCGUCUGAGCACGGCGCCUUACUACCGUUGUGAAUGCCGACAUCAGUACAUCGGUAAGCAGUGCCAGUCUGCCAAAGACAACUGCAAUCCACAGAAUCCGUGUGCUCAUGGCGGCAGGUGUCGUAGCUUGACAACUGGAUUCACCUGUGACUGUCCAAGGGGAUACGUCGGUAGCACAUGCCAAAAUCAUCUUCUGACGAGUCAAGAGUUUGAUGAACGCUUCGCUAAACAACAGAGUGCCAUGCAGUCCCGAUUCGCCCAGCAGGACAGCGCUAACAGAGCGCACAUUACCAAGCUGGAGAGCGCGAUCCUAUCUCGCUUGGGAAGCAUGCAGAGUAAUAUCCUAGCUGGGCUUAGCUCGCCGAAAUUCCCAGGCGGUAUAAGGUUUUUCCGUGAGGACGUGACUUGGUUUGCAGCGAGAGACAAGUGCAUUACCCUAGGUGGUGCACUGACAGUGCCUAAGAGUAGUUCUGAGCAAACCGCUGCUCUGCAUCAGGCAAGCCAACAAGGCCACAGCGGAUGCAUUUGGAUUGACGUGACAGACCUGAAAGCGGAAGGACGGUGGAGAGAUCAGGAAGGCAAUCAUCUGACCUACUCAAAAUGGGGCCCUGGUGAGCCCAACAACCAAGGAGAAGAAGAUUGCGGAGCUCUGUACACAGACUCACAAGCCUGGAACGAUGUGUCGUGUGGAAGUAGUUGCUCUUUCAUUUGUCGCUUCCCAUAAUGCACAAGGGCAACUGCUAUCAACAUCUCCAUACAUGUAUCGCAAACACACACGCGCACGUGCACACGCACGCACACACUCACGAACGCACACAAACACACCUUCUUUCCUUCCUUCUUCCAUAGCCACGACUGGCGAUGUGGCCCGGUAAGGGACUGAACACGAAACACACAAACAAUCACACAUACCUACACACACACACGCGCACACACCUCAGACCUGCCCAUCGUGGAAGCGAUGAUAGCGAACAGCUAUGUUAGAUAUAGCAACUUGUACACACACACACACACACACACACACACACACACACACACACACACACACACACACACACAAACACACCAAUCCGCCCACAAUCACACAUACCUACACAUCGCCCUGCACGCUUCGGACCAAAGCUCUAUACUAUAGCACGCUUUUAGCUGAAAAAAUCGACGACGUAGGUCCCUCUUCAAUCCUCUACCACACUCCCUUCGGCCGUGACUUCCAUAACUAUAACAUAGUAUAGACAUUUUACCUUCUCUCGUUCUUUUCCUACUUCCCGUUUACCGGUUAUCUGAAUCGUAUGAAACAGGCUUUUUACUUUCUUUGCUUUUUCCCUUCUUUUUCAUUCUUCAUCCUCAUUUUUGUCACUUUGUUUAUCGAUGCAUGGCUGUGAGUCGUCUGGGCGGAUAGCCAUUGGCACAUCGCCCCUACUUUUUGCUUGUCUUGCCGAUUUUAAUUAACUUUAAAAUGUCCCCUCUCCUUGAUAUUCAGGAGGGCUGUGUUUGCUUUCUCUUCAGACAACACACACACACACACACACACACACACACACACACACACACACACACACACACACACACACACACACACACACACACACACACACAAACACACACACACACACACACACACACACACGAUCACCAUCUCCUCUCAAUCUCCAGGUCUUACCUCAAGUUCUAGUCUUAGUGUAUUAUACCGCAGACCGUAUGCGAGAAGAACCCUCCACUCUCCACUCCCUGUUUCCCUCAACACGUGUGCGGCGAAUAAACGUGUUCAGCUAUUGUCCGCCUGAGCCUGUGAAAUCUAAAUUUAGUAGUGGCUCAACUUUUGUUUUGCAAAUUACCGUGAAAAGUAGCGAAGCCACAUAACGAUUGA